CCCACGCCGCCACCGCCGUCCCAGAGCUUGGCACCCGGGCGUCCCGAGGUGCAGCCCUACCGCGAGCCGGCUCUGCGUCCCCGCAUCUUGCUGUGUGCCCCUCCCGCGCGCCCCACGCCGCCUGUGCCUCCCGAACCCCCAGCGGCGCCACGAGAGUCCCCCGUGCGCCCUGCGCCCCCCACGCGCCCGGGGGAAAGUUCCUACUCGUCAAUUUCACAUGUAAUUUACAAUAACCACCCGGAUUCUUCCGCGUCGCCUAGGAAACGGCCAGGCGAAGCGACCGCCGCCUCCACGGAGAUCAAAGCCCUGCAGCAGACCCGGAGGCUCCUGGCCAACGCCAGGGAGCGGACGCGGGUGCACACCAUCAGCGCAGCCUUCGAGGCGCUCAGGAAGCAGGGAACCCGUCAGGCCUCUGCCUGUCAUUGCGAUCUACUACCCUCCCAACCAGGAAGAAACGGCAGAGGGGGCUGUGUGGCUGCUGGCAGAGAUACAGGUGGGAGAGAGUCCCCUGGUUUAGGGAGAGGGGGUAUGAGGCAGAUGGUCAGACUACAGCACUUGCCACCAGCCCAGCUGCACCGGAGCCCUCCUUGCUGCCUCAUCUGAAGGCCAUGUGUGUGCAGCUGGGCCUGGCCACGUGCAGGCUGCUCCCUGCCAGGUGGGAGGGGUCCGAGGGAAAGGCCAGCUGUAUUGGGUGGAGGACAGAGGGCCUGAGCUGUGGGACUCCGUUCCCUGGCGGGACCCUCCAGCUGUGCCCACCUUUGGUAUGUCUAGACUGUGGGUGGUUUUGUUCUCUCCCUUGAAGCUCCUUGAUGUCCAUGGAGAAGUGGCAGCAGUAAACUGUGAUAGGCCCUUAUCGGCUGCCUCUC